CUGACUGCUCCUGUGGGUGCAGCUCCUGAGGCAGACGGACAGGAGCUGCUUGGUCCAGAUUUGCAGGAACAGGCCAUUUCUUCCCUGGCUCUGAGCUGGGAAAGUUUGCUCCCAGCCCUCCUACCAGCGUCCCCAUAUGGCUCUCGAGGGACUCAGAGCCUGGAAGAGAAUUUUCUGGCGGCAGAUCUUACUUGCACUUGGCCUCUUAGGCCUGUUCCUGUGUGGCCUCCCUAAAUUCAGACAUCUGGAAACCUUCAUCCCCAUGGGUGUCUGUCCUUCAGCCACAGUGUCGCUGCUGAGAGACAACUUCACAGGUGCCCUGCAUCCCUGGGCCCGGCCUGAAGUUCUGACCUGCACCCCCUGGGGGGCUCCCAUUAUUUGGGAUGGCACUUUUGACCCAGAUGUGGCCCAGCAAGAGGCUAGUCAGCAGAACCUCACCAUUGGGCUGACUGUCUUUGCUGUAGGCAGGUACCUGGAGAAGUACCUGGAGCGCUUCCUGGAGACUGCGGAGCAGCACUUCAUGGUGGGCCAGCGCGUGGUGUACUACGUGUUUACCGAGCGGCCAGGCGCUGUGCCCCGCGUGGCGCUGGGCCCAGCCCGGCGGCUGCGCGUGGAGCGCGUGGUGCGCGAGCGGCGCUGGCAGGACGUGUCGAUGGCGCGCAUGCGCACGCUGCACGCGGCGCUGGGCGGGUGGCUGGGCCGCGAGGCGCACUUCGUGUUCUGCAUGGACAUAGACCAGCACUUCAGCGGCGCGUUCGGGCCCGAGGCGCUGGCCGAGUCGGUGGCGCAGCUGCACUCCUGGCACUACCACUGGCCGCGAUGGCUACUGCCCUUCGAGCGCGACGCGCGCUCGGCCGCCGCGCUGACGCGGGGCGAGGGCGACUUCUACUACCAUGCGGCGGUGUUCGGGGGCAGCGUGGCGGCGCUGCGCGGGCUGACGGCACACUGUGCGCUGGGCCUGGCUUGGGACCGCGCGCGGGGUCUGGAGGCGCGCUGGCACGACGAGAGCCACCUCAACAAGUUCUUCUGGCUGCACAAGCCCGCCAAGGUGCUGUCGCCCGAGUUCUGCUGGAGCCCCGACAUUGGCCCGCGGGCCGAGAUCCGCCGCCCGCGCCUGCUCUGGGCACCCAAGGAGUACCGGCUGCUGCGGGACUAGCGCCGCCGUCCGCCCUCCGGCCCCUCCGCGGGCCCAGCGGGCCAGGUCCCGGUCCCGUUCCGGGGGUCUUUGGCCCCGGAAGACGUGGAGUGGGAGUCACCAGAGGGAGAGAUCCUGAAACCCGGCGGGCCCCUUCUGGAUGCUGAUGGCGCUCUGGAGGGCAGAGAGAUACUGGGUGCAAAAGCCCUACCCGCUCCGUGUGUGCCCGUCGGUGGGAGUGGGAGAAGGAGCUCCUUGCCUUUGGGGAGCUCUUCACUUGAAGACAAAAAUCCCUUUCCCUUACUUUAGCAGUGAGCGAGAUAAAACUACAGUAGUACCUCGAUCGAGGAGCCUCUAGACCUUUCACUUCGACCCUGCGGAAUGCAGCUGGUGUCUCUGGAGAUGUUUUAGUCCCACCUGCCCCCCCGUACCUCUUUUUUUAAAUAAGGAGACUGAGGCACAAAGAGGGAACAUAACUGCCCAACGACACAGAGGGUCUGAGUCACUGUGAUGUCAGCGACUGGAAAGGCGUGGCUGGCUCCUUGGGUUGCCUCUGGGCAAGAGCCACAGGAAGAAACACAGGUGGCGCCCCGUCAUUGGCUCUGCCCUUUUACCUCCCCUGCCUAUAAACAUGGUUUGUACAUAUCUCAGUAA